ACAUGUCAAAUGGAUUCAUUUAUUCAUUCAUUUCUUAUUCAGUACAAUAGAAAUAUGUCAGCUUCAGAUCCAACAGUGGUCCAAAUCACUUGUGCUCUGUUUGAGCACCUCAGAUGCUUGAAGAAAAUGAUAGAAUAAAAUGCCAUAGUAAGGCUAAAUCUUAGAAAAGGAACGCAGGAACAACAUGAUGCGUUUUCUUAGACAUUUGACACCCCUUACUGCAGAAGCUGUAUUCUCUGUAACAGAACAGAAGCGCUACUUAGAACCCAGAAAAAGAGGAAGAAGGGGGCUCCAGGGAAGUUCUGAGGAGGAAUUCCCCAUCCCUGAUGUUACGACCCCAGAGUGUAUAGGGGUAUAUAGGGAGGCAACAUAAGGUCUGGGUGUGGGUUGGUUGAAAGGGGACAGAACAAAACAACAAAAUAUAGUGCAAAACUGGUGUGCGUUUAAUUACAGGUGAAGGUGAGCUAUUUACAAUUUUUACAAGUAAAGGCACAGACGUAACACACAAGGGGGAGAAGGAACGAGAGCGGUGCCAAAGAAAAGAACAGAGUAAAAAUCAAAACUCUCAAGUCUGCCUAACCUAAUCCGAUAGUGACCCUCUAACCUAACUACUAAAAAUAAAUACGAAGAACAAAACCUAACUGACCAUUCUACGCUAUUUAUAUCAAACAAAGUACAGGGAGUGGCACCCGCCCCUAACCUAGUGUAUCUAUACAGUGAUCUACCUACGUGCGAGCAGACGUGUCAGUGGAUAAAACAUAAACCGUAUCUUACCUGUUCACUUCUCCCCAGACAAUACACAGUAUAACAAAUAAUAACAAGGGGUAGAAGACACUUGGAAACAAUUAAGUGGCAAGCACACACGCAGGAAUAUACAAGCACAACAAAUGACAUGCGGAUAAUUACAGAAUACAGUGGAAAUUAGCAAGUAUGGCAUGAAGCCCGGCGACGGAGAACGGAAGGGUUUUUGAAUUGUCGCGCUGUUUCGGAUUGGGUGCUGGAGCGGGGCUCGAAUGAUGAGUGACGUGCCGGGAACCAAUAGCAGACGGACACCUUGAUGAAGGAUAUGCGUGGAGACGCGAAUGGGAAAACACAGAGGAGGAAGAAAACAACAAAACAAACACGUACACACGCGUGGGGACAUAACACCUGAUUUCCAUCUCUUUAUACAGUAUAUAUAACCGAGCGAUUCUGUCAUCUCACCCAGCACAGCUCCACUCUCUGAUCCAGAGUCCAGCAGCUCCUCUCUCUGAUCCAGAGUCCAGCACCUCCUCUCUCUCUGCUUGCAGUCUCCAGUCAAAAUGAACACAGCGAUGAAAAUGAGCGCUCUGCUGAUCCUCGUGCUGUUCGGCUCUCUAGAGCUUGUCUCUUCUGAUAAGGGCUCUGGCGCAGGGGUGGACUGCUGCCCAAGCUAUGAUAAAAGGAAGAUCCCAGUAGCAAUGGUGGUCUCCUGGCAUAAAACCAGCGGGAGCUGUGCCAAAGCAGCCUAUGUGUUUGUUGACAAACGCGGAAAGCGCAUAUGUGUGGAUCCUACUCAUGGUUGGGUGAGGAGCUACGCAGCUCGGGUGAACAGCAGGUCAGCCACCACUGUAGUGCCAGGAACCAGCGAGAUGAACAUUCCAGAGCGUGUCCCUUCUGCUCCGGGCUCUGGCGCAGGGGCGGACUGCUGCACAAGCUAUGAAACAAAGAAUAUCCCAGUAGCAAUGGUGGUCUCCUGGCAUAAAACCAGCAGCAGCUGUGCCAAAGCAGCCUAUGUGUUUGUUACCAAACUCGGAAAGCGCAUAUGUGUGGAUCCUACUGAUGGUUGGGUGAGGAGCCACGCAGCUCAGGUGGACAGCAGGUCAGCCACCACUGUAGUGCCAGGAACCAGCAAGAUGAACACUCCAAAGCGUGUCCCUUCUGGCCCUCUAGGACCAAACACAGGCAGCAACUGCUGCCCGGAUAUAAAAAAGGGACCAAAGAUCCCGCUGGCGAUGGUGGCCUCCUAUCAUAAAACCAGCAGCAGCUGUGCCAAAGCAGCAGUAGUAUUUGUAACCAAGCGCAGAAGGCGCAUAUGUCUAAAUCCCUCCGAGGGCUGGGUGCGCAGUCACAUGACUCGUGUGGACAGCAGGUCAAGGAAAGUCACAACCGUGUGAAUCAAAACAACAUCCGCAGCCGCGUUUCCACCGCAGGAACUUUCCCCUGGCUUUACUUUACCCCCCAAAAAGUUUGCUCGGGGAGUAGUACUUUCCAAAAGUACCGGAACCUUUCGGGUGGGGCGCCAUUUCAACCGCCAUGUUUAAAAAUAUGCAGCCGCAAACCAAUUUAUUUUCAUAAUAACUUCAAAUCAAACUUGUAUGUUAUGCGGCGCAGUAGCCUAGUUUUGGUUAUAGUGUAGGAAAAUUGAGAUUCCCCAUGAUUGUGAUGACGUCACAUGUCAAAGUUAGGGUAUUCCCAUCAAUGUUGAUCAAACUGGUUCCUCCAAACUCUCGAUGCUCCAUGGUAAAAGUACAUCACAUGUAUGACUGUUCACUCAUAUAAUCAAUAUGUAAUCCAAUAAACCUGUAUCAUUAGUUGCAGCUAAGCUUAUGGAAACGCAAGAAACCACAGUAUCAACUGUAGAAAAAGAGCAAGAGAACGCAGAAGGCUUAAUAAAAAUCACACUUACUCACUCAGCAGAAAACACUAAUCAAAUACUAAUCAUACACUACUGUCAAUAACUUCAGCAGAUAACACUAACCAAAAACGAAUCAUACACUACUGCCAAAAUACAGCAGAGAACAAUAAUCCAAAACUAGCAAAACGCUACUGCCAAAUAAAAGUGCUAGAAGACUAAUAUUUUACAGUGACCCCUAUGUAACCUGAAUACAAUGGAAAAUUACAGGAGGCUAUAACUCUGUAACUUGUAUGCUUAAUGGAAAAUUACAGGAGGCUGUGACUUGUAUGCAUAAUGGAAAAUUACAGAAUAAAGACUAAUAUUUUUUAAGGGAAAGUUGGGGUAACUUUCCACAAUGAUGUUAUCACCUAAGAACAGAAAAUCAUUGUGGUGCCAAGAAGGCCAGGUAGACCCAAGAGCAGUAAAUCA